GUUUGUUGGGGGUAUGCGUCACAUCCUCCUUGACUGUGUACUUCUCUACGAAGGGAAAGCUCUUGUAUUAUCCUAGCUAGCUUUCGUGAAAUCAUUUUUUAUUGUAUUUGAAACUGUAUACGAAUAACAAGACACCAUGUUUUCUUUCAACAUGUUUGAUCACCCGAUCCCGCGGGCCUUUCACAACCGCUUCUCCACUCAGUACCGCUGUUACUCAGUGUCAAUGCUGGCCGGGCCCAACGACCGAUCAGACGUCGAGAAAGGCGGAAAAAUUAUCAUGCCCCCAUCAGCACUGGACCAGCUAAGCAGACUUAAUAUCACAUACCCUAUGCUGUUCAAACUGACCAAUAAGAACUCGGACAGAAUGACCCACUGUGGUGUUUUGGAGUUUGUUGCUGAUGAAGGGAUCUGUUAUCUGCCUCACUGGAUGAUGCAGAACCUCUUAUUGGAAGAAGGAGGUUUGGUCCAGGUUGAAAGUGUCAAUCUCAUGGUAGCAACAUACUCUAAAUUUCAGCCUCAGAGUCCAGACUUCUUGGACAUCACAAACCCCAAAGCUGUACUAGAAAAUGCUUUGAGAAAUUUUGCCUGCUUGACUACUGGUGAUGUCAUUGCCAUUAACUAUAAUGAAAAGAUCUAUGAGCUGCGUGUCAUGGAAACCAAACCGGACAAAGCAGUGUCCAUUAUUGAAUGUGACAUGAAUGUUGACUUUGAUGCUCCACUUGGUUAUAAAGAACCAGAGAGACCCACACAGCAUCAUGAGGAACCAGCGGAUGAGGAGACAGACCCCAGUAAUUAUGACAUGGAUAUUGGAUUCAGAGCUUUCACAGGCUCUGGAAAUCGCCUUGAUGGAAAGAAGAAAGGCAUUGAGCCAAGUCCUUUUCCCAUUGUUCCAGGUGACAUGAAACGGGGUAUUCCGAACUAUGACUUCAAAGUUGGGAAGCUCACUUUCAUCAGAAACUCCAGACCACAGCCUCGGAAAACAGAGGAGGAUGACUCUUCCAGUAACUUCAUUGCAUUCUCAGGAGAAGGCCAGUCCUUGCGCAAGAAGGGCAGGAAACCAUGAUUAAACCACAAGUUGACCAGAAACAAAUAAUAAAAGCAUCUACAAACUA